AUGAGACGUAGCAAUCUGGCCAAAGUUUUUGAUAAGGACAAAGAGAGUGAGGUUUGGAGACAAUUGGAAGCCUUCCUCACCGAUUAUGAUCCAAAUUUUAGCAGCAAACAGCUUUUAAUGUGUAAAAAUUGCAAGCCUACAAUAAAAAACAAUAGAAUUCCUAACAGAUGUGUAUUAAAUGGUUUGCAAAGUGAGCCUUUGCCAGACGAGCUUAAAGGCCUAGAUGCCUUUAGUACUCAGUUAAUUCAACUAGCAAAAUGCUUCCAAACUGUUGUUAGACUGGGAACUUACACUGCUAAAGUCCCAAUAUACAACUCUUUAAAAGCAUGCAAAGGGACAGUGUUUUAUCUCCCAUUGCCAGUUAAAAAAACAAUGAAAAGUUUAAGUAAAGCAGAAGACUUUAGACCGAAAAAUCUGCCAAAUCCCGAAUUGCACGUCAUUUUAAACAGUGAAGCUACAAAAACUAAUAAAAUCUGGCGCACUUUAGUUGAUGUCGACAAAGUGCAAGCUGCUUAUGAGAAACUGAAAGACAUCAACUGGCUUUAUGGAAAUCUUGACGACGAAUCUUUAGAUGAUGUAGCAAAAAAAGUCGUCGAAACAGCCAACAGUGCUACCAGUACUAUGGUGGAGGAAGCAACCGAUGAGGACAUUCUAGGCUUCCAGUCUUACACGAUUCAGAACAUGAAUUCGAAUUUAAACAAGGGGAGCGACAUCCAGCAAUACAAGAUGACUCAUGUCAGGGAAGACCCACUCGAUAACAGACAGAUGCACUUGGAUGUCAUGUGCUUUCCAACUCUGUUUCCAACUGGGAGAAUCAAACAGAUCAAGGAGUUGAAGGGUGGCAUAUUCAAACUGCUCAAUACAGUGAAAGGUCCCUCCAUGACUGCUGCACAGUUCGUAGACCAAGUCAAAACGAAUGGAGAACUUCUUGAAAAGAGGCUCUGUACCAUGAUGAACACUGUUCGUGGCUCAAACCAAUACUGCUGUGCAGAAUAUACCUCCGAAGACAUUAGAGAGUACUUGCACAAAGUAAACACUGUUCCACCAUCAUAUAACACUGGCAAACUCUGCACAGAAGAUCCUGUGUCUGUAUCGAGACAGUUUUCUCUAAAGUUUAACGAAAUGUUUAAUAAAGUUUUAAUUAAGGGACAGGUUUUGGGCCCGGUUAGCAAGUUUUAUUACAAGAAAGAGUACCAGGCCAGAGGAGCUCCGCACUAUCACUGUUUAAUCUGGAUAGCCAAUGCUCCAGUUGUCGGUGAGAGUAGAGCCGAAGAUGUCAUCAGAUUUAUAGACGAAAGAGUAACUUGUAACAUACCAAAUAAAGAUACCUGUCCACACCUACACGAAAUUGUUACGAGGUACCAGUUACACAAGUGCAGCAAUUACUGUAAGAAAAGGAGAAAGUUUAGCAAAAACGUAUUUGUUACAAAGGGCAAAUUUGGAUUUCCUCGCCCAGUUUACGAAGAAACUGUACUGAAAAAUGUCCAAAAAAGCAUGAAAGCAGAGAAAAGGAUAUAUCACCUUAAACAGAGCGAGGAAGAAGUGAGAGUCAAUGAUUACAAUCCUCUGCUUCUAUUAUUAUGGAAGGCUAAUAUCGAUGUAUCCUUUACCAGUGAGUGUUCUCUUGCUCUGGCCGAUUAUGUGAGUGGCUACGUGACAAAGGCAGAAAGAGGUCACAUGCAGGAUCUGUGGCAAGACAUCUUAGAUGAUAGAGGCAUCUACAGUAAAUUGUUUAGAAUCGGCAUAAGAUGUCUCGACAGCCGACCCAUUGGACUAUACGAAACAUGUGAUAUAUUACUCGGUGAGCCACUUUGUAGAAAAUCAAGAGAGGUAUCAUGGAUUGAUGUAGAAAUGCCGCAUAAAAGAAAACGAAAUUUAACAAAGAAACUCAGUGAAGUUGAAGAAACAGCAGCAAACAAUCCAUCAACUGAAGACUUUUAUGGGGAGGGCCUUGUCACUCACUUUUAUCCAAACAGAGCCCAAGAACAUGAAGAAUAUUGCCUUUAUGACUUUGUAGCCAAACUCACUUACAAGGGCAAAGAUAAAAAUGGCGAACAAAUCUAUAGACCACUACAGAAAGAGCGCCUUCCUAACUUUAUUGAUUUUGAUGUCUAUAAAGAAAAUCAGAGAGACAGUUUCUAUUAUGCCAUCAUUCUCCUUUUCGUGCCGUUUAGAAAUGAGGAUGAAUUAGUUCAUGAUGGCGAAACUGUCCAAGAAGCAUUCGAUCGCCACAUUGUCGACCACGAAAGGUGUGUCGAAGCAAAUGAGAAAUUCAGAAAGUUGCUCAAAUGUAGAGAGAAAUUAAAAGACAUACAAGAUGCCAGAGCAGCAAACAGAGAAGAGGAAAAUGAUGUGGAAGACAACGAUCCACAGUUGAUGGGACAGAUUAAAGAUGCAAUGAAUGACGUGAGAGAUAUGGACACUGGAUCUGGUCUCACUAUGCAAGAGAGAGAAUCGAUGCUAAAUGUAGACCAAAAACACAUCUUUGAUCACGUAAAAGCUCAUCUCUUGAGGCAAAUUGAAUACGAAAAGAAAUCGAAACAAGAGAAGGAGCAAUCAGAAAGUGUAAAACCAUUGCACAUGUUCAUCAGUGGUGUAGGUGGCACCGGUAAAUCUUUUCUUAUUGAGGCAAUUAAAGCACUAGUGAAAAGCCUCUGGUCAACACUGACCAAACAGACAUGUGCAGUUUGUGCUCCAACAGGAUUGGCAGCUUACAAUGUGGGAGAUGUGACAGCGCACAGACUGUUUCAGCUGCCAAUAGAACACAAUGGACAAUGUGCCUCAUACUGGUCCAUACCAAAGGCUAGUCACAAAGUAAUGAAAACAGAACUUCAGGAUCUGAAAAUGGUAAUCAUUGAUGAAGUGUCCAUGGUUUCUAGCCUCAAUCUCACUUACAUACACAUGAGAAUGAAUGACAUAUUCAAAUCAGACGAAUGGUUUGGUGGCAAGAAUGUCCUCUUUGUUGGUGACAUCCUUCAAUUGCCACCAGUUCGUGGACAACCAGUGUUUGACAAAGUAACAGCAUCAACACUGAAAUACAGACUUGGUAGUAUGGGUGCAGUGAACAUAUGGCGUGAUACUGUCACCUAUGACAAAUUGACAAUAAAUGAAAGACAAAAAACAGACCAGAAAUUUUCGGAAAUGUUGGACAAAGUGAGACGUGGCUUUCCAGACGAUGAGACUCUCGCUACACUUUCCGAAAGGGUAUUUUCGGCGCCCAUUGAGAAAAAAUUUAAAAUAUUACAACAGGGUGGUAACGCCCCAGUUUGCCUGUUUCCAAAAGUAGACAUGUGCAAAGAAUUUAAUGAAACAAUGCUGGCUAAUCUACCAAGUCCUACCAUAAAAAUAAGAGCCACAAAUUUAAUUAAUGUGAAUGGAGCACUUGGUACAGUGCAGGCCAUUUCAGAAACACGCAUAACAGUUAAAUUUGAUAAAAUAACUGAUCUUUGUGAGAUUGAAAAAGUCAAGAGAAAGUUUAUGGUAAUGAAAAAUGUCUUUGUGUAUAGAAGCCAGUUUCCUUUGAUAUUAGCUUUUGCUGUUACCAUACACAAAUGCCAGGGACUGUCACUAGAUAAUGCAAUCAUUGAUCUGUCUGAAAACGUAUUUAGUGCAGGAAUGGCUUACGUUGCUCUAUCACGA